CCCUGGAUGUACUUGCGCCCGUAAAGAGACUCCUUGCAGCUGGCGCAGUCAAAGCCGUCCGUCAUGUUGCUUGCUGGAAGUCUACGUGCUUCCCGCGGCGGCGGCGGCGUCUCCGCGCGCGGCCCCAGGCUGAGCCGCGCCGCCCUGCGCGUCCUCGUUUUGCCACAGAAAAUCGAGCGGCUGAAGUCGGAGCUCCACCUGCUGGACGCCGAGGGGAAGCAGCCGAGUAGGCACACGUUCUUCUUCGACACCCGGAGGGAAGUGCAAGGUUUUGACAUUGCCCUCCAUCUGAACACUGCUCCUGAGCUGGUCAGCAGAGUGUACAACAGGCCAGUCCUCGAAACCCUGAAGAAAAAAGCUGUUUCAGGGAUCACCGCUGAUGGCCAGUUACAGAGGCUAGCCCGGCAGAGGAAGGGUCAGUACAGCCUGCUGAGGCAACGCAUAGAGCGUGAACGGAAGAUGUUUGUCAUUGCACAGAAGCUCCAGACCCGAAAGGAUCUCUUGGACAAAACUCAGAGAGUGAAGCUGAAGAAGGAAACUGUAAAUCAGCCAGCAAUCUACAGGUUCCAGUUUAGACGGAAACGCUGACUCUCCUGUUCUGUGAAGAGGGGUGUCCUCCAUUGGAUUGCUUUGGGAACCCCUGCCUACAAAUGCCCUUUUUCUUUGCCUUAGAUUUAUCUUAUGGUACUUUUUCAAUAAAUCCAGCAAGUGCUGCUGUGAUUGCACUGCCACCCAUUCCA